AUGAAGUCAAAGUGCGGAUCUGUGGCUCGAAGAAAACUCAAUACGAGUAUACGACUUCGGCUCGAAUAUAACCACGACGAGACAGACACUAAACAAUCAACCAAGUUGUUGGUAAAGUUGGUUUCUAUAGGAAAUGGGGAUGGAGAGACCUAUUUAGAUCCAAUAAGACAACCUACCUAUCCGAUAAAAUCAGUAUUUUUGCUGACUGGCGGGUGGACUGGACUUAUUAUGAUUGCGAGUCUCUUUUUUAUGGUGACCUCAUCCACUGAAUUUAUACGUCGUUCAUAUUUUGAAGUUUUUUGGUACGUACAUCAUUUGUUUAUUGUUUUCUUUGGGUUUCUCAUAUUCCACAGUAUAGGAAAGCAGGUCAGAGGGCAGACGAACGUAGAUAAGCACGAUCCUGAGUAUUGCAGUAAGAUUGAUCCCUGUACGGGCUGGGAAAAUGAUCGGAAAUGCUCCACACCUCCAGUUUUUGAAGGUGGCAUGCCUAUUACAUGGGUUUGGAUAAUGGCACCUAUAUUUAUAUACAUUUGUGAAAGAAUAUUACGAUUUGUCAGGUACCUGCAGCCUGUAAAAAUACUGAAAGUGGUCAAACAUCCGUCAAAAGUUCUCGAAAUUCAAAUGAGAAAGACUGAUUUUCAUGCAGAGGUUGGGCAGUACAUAUUUAUUCAAUGUCCUAAGCUUUCACGACUGGAAUGGCAUCCCUUUACUUCAACAUCUGCACCCGAAGAAGAUUAUUUUAGCGUUCAUAUUAGAAUUGUUGGAGACUGGACCUCAGGCCUCAGUGAAGUUUUAGGUGCAGAUGAAUAUGCUGAGGUUCAACCAUCUUGGAAAAUACCACGCAUCGCGGUGGAUGGUCCAUUCGGUACAGCCAGCGAAGAUGUUUUCGAUUAUGAUGUUGCCUUAUGCGUUGGAGCUGGAAUUGGCGUGACACCAUUUGCAUCACUACUGAAAUCAGUGUUUUACAAAACUGUUAACGAGAGCGGUCCCAUGCGACUAAGGAAAGUGUAUUUCUUUUGGGUUUGUCCUGACACACAUGCAUUUGAGUGGUUUGGAGAUAUGCUAAUGCAUCUCGAAAACCAGCUGGCUGAAAGUGGUUGCAGAGACCUUAUUGAAUACAACAUAUAUUUAACUCGAGGUUGGACUGCCGGCCAAGCGAAAGCUAUUUUUGUUCACGAAGAGGAUCAACGUGAUGUCAUUACAGGUUUGGAACAAAAAACAAAUUUUGGUAGACCUAAUUGGGACGACAUAUUUUCUCGAAUUGCCGAUAUGCACACCGAAAGAGAAGUAGGAGUAUUUUUCUGUGGAGCUGCUUCCCUUUCUAAAAUUCUGCAUAAAAUGUGCAACAAACAUUCUUCUGCGUCUAAACGAGUCAGUUUUCAUUAUAAUAAAGAGAAGAGAAUUUUUAGGAAAUUUUAUUUAUCAGCAUUUUGAUUUCAAUAUAUUCUAUGCAAUUUUACGCAUUAUUCAUGUACAGACCAUGUCCCAAAGAGAUUAAAUGUUCAUUUCAGUUUUGAAACUUUACAGCAGUUCGUUGGUAUUCCAAAAUGUAAUAAAUUACGAGUUUAGUUUCUCAUUUUUUGUUUUUAUUCAAUUAUGAACUUGAAAACACAAUUAUAAAUAUUGCAUUGUCAAACACUGA